AUGGGUGGCCCCACGCUAAACCCGGAAUCGCCGUUGACUGUCGGUGCUAUGGGAAGUAGAGGCACUGGCCUGGCAUGGCUCUCAAAUUCCGGUAUCGUCAAGCUUAACUUGAUGCUUGUCUUGUUUCAAGUCUCGAGUUACGCGACGGGGUAUGAUGGGUCUAUGAUGAAUGGACUGCAGUCUCUCACUACUUGGAAGAACUUUUUUGAUAACCCUGGGGCUUCUGAGCUUGGUCUUUUGAACGCCAUACAAAAUGUCGGCCAACUUAUCACAAUGCCGGUCUGUGCCAUAAGCUGCGACAAAUUUGGCCGUCGCCCGGUGCUUUUCGUUGGCGCUUUUAUUCUCCUCAUUGGUGUUGCUCUUCAAGCUGCAGCGCAAAAUGUCGGCAUGUUCAUCGCCGCAAGAGGAAUCAUCGGCAUGGGACUCGUCCUCAACAUCACAGCCGCGCCUCUCCUUCUCUUAGAGCUGGCUUUCCCCGGACAACAGGGCCCACAGGUGGCUAUUUACAACAGUUUGUGGAAUCUAGGCGCCCUGGUUGCUGCAUGGAUCACGUACGGCACGUUCCGCAUUGAAAGUACCUGGGCAUGGCGCGUCCCGUCACUUCUUCAAGGCGUUUCUAGCGUGAUUCAACUCGGCCUCUGCUUUUUGGUCGAGGAGUCCCCGCGCUGGCUACUCAGUAAAGAGCGCGACGAAGAAGCAAGAAAGUUGAUCUGCAAGUAUCACGCCAAUGGCGAUGAUUUUGACCCGCUGGUCACACUGGAGAUGGAAGAGAUUCGCACUGCUCUCCAACUCGAGAUGGAAGCGAGACGGAAUACCUCGUACCUGACCUUUUUUGAGAAUAAGGGUAAUCUCAGGCGCUUUUUUAUCAUUUUGUCUGUGGGGUUCUUCUCUCAAUGGAGUGGUAACGGUCUUAUUUCGUACUAUCUUACCCUCAUUCUCGACUCUAUCGGCUACACGGCGGAGAGUACUCAGACUCUGAUCAACGCUCUACUUACGCUGUGGGGUAUGAUUUGGAGUCUACUUUUCGCUUUCGUCAUGAACCAUUUCGGUCGACGCACUCUCUUUCUCAUUUCAACCGCUGGUUGUCUGGUCGUUUAUGUCAUUUGGACAGCUCUUGAGGCUACCUACGAGAUGAGAACAGCGCUAGAUGGAACAGGAGGUGACGGCUAUGCAAAGGGAGUCUUGGCUAUGAUCUUCCUGUACAGCUUUUUCUUCUCCAUCGGCUGGACACCUCUUCAAGUAACAUAUUGUAUCGAGAUCUUACCAUUCGACCUGCGUGCUCGCGGUCUGGUAUUAUAUAACCUCUGCGUUGCCAUUGCUGGCAUCUUCAACCAGUACGUCAACCCGAUUGGUGUCACCAACAGCAAGUGGAAAUACUAUAUCACCUACGAUGUUUGGCUGGCCUUUGAGCUUGUGGUGGUUUACUUCCUUUUUGUGGAAACUGGCAAUAUGAGUCUUGAGGAGACUGCUGUUAUUCUGGACGGUGAGGAGUAUGAGAAUAGACUCGUCGGGACGACUGCGGCUAUUGCUGAGAAGAAACUGGGUGCUGAAGCAAAUGCCCGGGUUACGGUUGAGUCUAAGGAGGCUUCGGGAAAGUAG